AUGGCGCUGCCGGGGGCGCAAAUAGGUCUGGAUGAAUUCCAUCGUUCUGACCCCCAUCGUCUACAAGUUAGACAUAGCGAGGAUCAGCGCCUUCUUCCCAGCGGUGGAGAAGUCACUCCAUCUCGACCCAGCUCAACUAGUACAGUAAAUAGGUCCUCGACCCGUCAGAGUCUUCGUUCCAACACAGCAAAUGGUCGCGAUGGCGAUUCUAGCAGUGGGGGUGGACCUUCUCAGGCCAGCCAACCAGCUACUACCGAGCCGGCCGCGUCACUACUGCUCAAGAAGAGAAAGUGCUGGCGGUGGAGGCAUCUUUUUGUAAAUCCAGGGACGAACGAAGCUUAUGAACUCCAUGACGAUGGCGCCACGCUGACGCGCAUCGUGUUCCUUCGGGUCAUGGCCCUUUUCAUACUUAUAACAGCAAUCGUUCUCGGUGCCAUUGGGAAGAGCUAUGAUAUCGCAUCCCUUACGGUCGGAAAUGGUAUUCUUGUUGAUGAAGAUGCCCAGCUCGCCGCCAUUGGUGUGAUAAACAGUAUCCUGCAGCUCCUCACCCAAGGGGCUCUCCAGCACAGUUUCACUACAUUGGUCACCCGCUGGAUGACUGGAAAGGGGCAGAAGGGAGCCAGCCUGUUAGACUUUGAGCUGUACGAAGAACACCAGAUUCCCUGGGCUGCCAUUUCCGCGUUCAAAAAGCGAUGCGAACUUGGUGUGCGCAAGCGUAUCGCAUGGCUACGAUUUGGCGGUGCACUGGCGGUAGGGAUCUGUCUCUUUCUGCUCGGGGCAGCCAUGAACACUAUUGCCAUUCCCAAAUCCCGUUGGUGGCCAGACACGCGUUAUGUGGUGCCGGAUCCUCCGGAUGAUCGAUUCUAUUUCACGAACCAAACGUCCCAGAUAGCGAGCGUCAGUCGAAUGUCGCUGUGGGGCAAAGCCUGGGAUAUGGUGCGCAUCGGAGGGCCUGUUUCUUGGGAGAUGGCACACUCUCUAGCAGCCUAUCACUCCCUGCAAGCCCUGGGCCUUCUUUACAACACUUUCAACAACGCGCCCGGUUGGCGGUCCCUCGGGGAUAACGACGUACCUGCCUUUAGCGCAAUCCGGAUCCCUGAGUCCUCCGCAGUUAUCCAAUCGAUGGCCGUGCAUGGCGACCUCGCCAUCCAGAUGUACGAGGCGCAGAAAGCACACAGCAAGCACAGCUGGGCACGAUACUCCACCGGAUGGAACGCGCUUCUCCUCAUCCCCGGUGUCCUCCUUACUACCUCCUGUACCGACCACUCGAAUUCCAGCAGCAGCAGCAGCAGCAGCAGCAGCGCAGGGGCCUGGGAAGCCACCUCCAAUUCCAACGCAACCAUCACGCUCAUCAUCGGCCCCGUCACCAACAUCACCAACGACAACAGCACCAACACCUUCCCUGGUGCCACCUGCCAGCUCCAGGUCCAACAAGCCCAAAUCCCCCUGGGUCAAUGGCUGUACUCCGGCACCAGCAACUACGCCUACGCCAUCGACUACGGCGAGAACAACCCCAACCCGGCCCUCGCCCUCCUCCCCAAGAACAGCACGUCUCAGGCCGACGCCUCCAUCGCCGCCGAAACCACCAGCUGGUUCACAGCGAUCCUCCCCAACCUCCAAUCCUUCACGUCCGACCCUGCUCUCCUCAACCUCACCUCGCUAGCGCUCACCCUGGCCGAUGACCUCGUCAGUUUGAACCGGGGGUACACGCGCCUGGACGGGGUGGCAGCUGUCGUUGCCACGGUCUUCACGGACAUGAUCACCUCGUUCGACUGGACGUAUUCCGCUGUGCUGCAGGAGGCGACUUCCGAGGCGGCUAGUGGUAGCAAUGGUACGGUCCAGACGACCCUGCAGGGUCCCGUGCGGUGGCAGCUGUAUGGGUCCGGACCGCGGUUGCCGUGGGAAUGGACCAUCGCCAUCGUGCUGGCGGUGGCGGUAGGAGUGCAUGUGGUGGACCUGGGGGUGGUGGUAUGGUCGCGGGGGUUGCGGGAGGGGUUUUGGCUGAGUCUGGCUGGAAUGAUGGCUGUUGCGGGUGCGACGAGGGGGACCCCUACUUCUUCCUCUGCCGACGAUGCAGGUGUGGCGACGGAGGGACCAACGGAGACGAGGUUUAUCAUUCGAGAAGAGAAGCCAGACACAUUAGAGGGACAGGCGGGCGAAGGCGAGGAGGGGAAAGUGGUGCUGCUGAAGGCUGGGGAGGAUGAUGACGAGGACCGGUAUGCGGUAAUGCGGCCGGGGAGGAAGUAUAGAGGUGUUGGAUAG